CUGUGCUUCAGUCAACUUCCAAGAAGAUGGCUCUCCUGAUCACUCGUGUGAGCUAUGUAGCAGGAAUGAUCCAACUAGGUUAACGUAUAAAUCCGGGUACGCUCACAUGACGUCACCACAUGAGGCAAAAAUUACAUGCUUCAAUAAUUCACCAUGCAAAAAUGGUGGGACUUGUCUUGUGGACUCGAGUGUACCAGUUGGAUAUCGCUGUACUUGUACUUUGUUUAAUACUGGCCUGAAGUGUGAAAACUGGACAGCUGCACAUUGUAAUGGUUUACCACUGGGUUUAGAAGACAAACGAAUAGCUGAUUCGCAGUUAUCAGCCUCAUCAGUAGUUAACAAUUAUCACCACCCAAAAUACGCCCGUCUCAACGCAUUACCAGGAUCUGAUCAUGCAGGGUCCUGGAGAGGGGCUUCCAGAAAUGGGGAAUAUUUUCAAGUUGAUCUUCUGACCACCAAAAUGAUAACCAAAUUUGCAACUCAAGGACGACCGAGAGACAAAUACAAUCGCAACCAAUGGAUUUCUAAGUUCAGUUUGACUUACAGUGUUGAUGGAAGUACCUGGGUGAGCUAUCGUGGAGACGGUCAGUCUACAAAAAUCUUUAAUGGGAAUUCAGACAAAGAUACCAUCGUGUCACACUCUCUUGGUGUUGAUGUCCCAAUAGUGGCUCGAUACAUCAGAAUUGUAGUGCAAGCAUUCGUAGAAAGUCCUUCUCUAAGAGCGGAGCUGUAUGGCUGCAACAUUUGAAAAUGUAAUAGAGAUGUAUUCAUUUUGGGGUAAAAUUGUGCCAUAUCAGUCCACGUGUCCUCCCUUGCGAUGGCCAUAAAGGUUUUGUUAUGCGAGACGAUUUUUCGCACAACAUGCAAGCUGGACAUGAAGAGCUGGCUUCAAUGGCAACAAUUUUGUGAGUUUCCGAAGCUCUGCUCGUUCAAAAACCUGCAACAUGUUGCCGUAACAAAAUAUCAUUAAGAAUUGUAACACCGCGCCAUGUUUCACUAGGCCAACUUUUAACGCAACAUUGUCGCGCGAGAAUUGGCCGUUGCAAAUCGUCUCGUGUAUGAAAUGAAAAAAAAACUCUUUAAGGCGCGAUUACACGGAGCAAGUUUUCUCUGCAACUUGUCUUGCAACGGCGUUGUGACACAAGUUGCAUGGAGCAUUGCAGCGUGUAACCUACAGUGCAAUUUGAAAAAAUGUUGCGAGACAAUUUGCAACAAUUGUUUCACGCGUCUCCGUUCCACCGUGUAAACACUCGUGUAACUUGAGCCGCAACGCUGUUGCGAGACAAGUUGCAGAGAAAAUUGCUCCUAGUAAACCUCCUUUACCAUGGCCGUAUUUUUUCCAUUAUCUGCCCAGGUAUUCUCCUGUUUUAGUUGUAUCUAUAUUCGUGUGUUUUCUCAUGCGCAACCGUUAAAUAAAGAAAUAAUACUUUGGAGAAUGACACUUGAUCCGAAAUGCGAAAACAUUAAUUACUCCCGAGGUAAAGAGAUCUAUUUAUAGUUGUUUUCGAACUAGAGAUUUCCCAAAAUUUGCGUCGCAAUUUUACUUUGAACCUUCACAUUUGAAGUGCCUUUGACACCUAACCCAAUAUUUUCAGUAUUGAUUCUACAUGAAGUGAAUAGUUGAAUGGUAAGAUAUUUUUAUAUGAUUUGAGUGAUGCAUCUUGGAGAUAUCAAGGUGUAUACUUCCAAUAUGUUAACGAGUGUGAUGUCAUAUGAGGCAUUAUUAAAAAUACAAAACUCCUAUUUCUGGGUCAGUAAUACUUCCUUUAAAACAUCAUCAAUGUCAAUCACCAAGUGCUUUACAACUGCACACAGCACGCGCGCGUGCGUUUUCACAGAUUUUUCGAGUCAUUAUCAAGUCAAAAAUGUUUGACUUGACAAUAAGCCUGAAGCGAGAUGACGUUUUACCUCGUCUCUAGACCAUAAU